AUGCGCCUUAGAUCUAACAAGCAUGUUGAUUCGCAGGCCUACAGCCCUCCAUCUCCUAAUGAGAUGGUGGUGGACACCCCGGAUUACGAGGGAUUCGAGGACAUGUCUGAGAAGGAACCGGUCGCUAUCAUCAGUCCCGAACCCACCGAAAUAGACACCGACCGCUUGCAAGAUCUGCCACUUGCUACAGACUACGAGGCCAUGAAAGACCUGGUCUUGCCGCCCCUAGCCGAUGAACCCAAAAUCCUAGAGGAUGCCUACAACACUUGGACAGUCGAUAGCUGGCGCUCUCGGGGCAAACGAGAGCAUGGUCCCAUUUUCGAAGCUGGUGGAUAUCCCUGGCGUGUAUUGCUUUUCCCACACGGCAACGGUGUCGACCAGUGCUCUAUUUACCUCGAGCAUGGUUUUGAAGCCGAUCAAAUUCCUGAAGGGUGGAGCUGUUGUGUCCAGUUCUCCCUGGUGCUCUCCAAUCCCAACGAUCCAAGCCUGUACAUGCAUCAUGCGGCACAUCACCGUUUCACUAAGGAAGAGGGUGACUGGGGGUUUACUCGCUUUGUGGAACUUCGACGCAUGUUCAACGUGCCGUGGGAAGGAGGUAGUCGCCCCAUCUGCGAGAACGACACUGCCAAUAUUACAGCAUACCUGCGUUUCGUGGAGGACGAGACUGGUGUUCUGUGGCACAACUUCACUAACUAUGAUUCGAAGAAGGAGACUGGGUUUGUCGGGCUCAAGAACCAGGGUGCAACCUGCUAUCUGAAUUCUUUGCUACAAUCAUUAUACUUCACCAACGCCUUUCGCAAGGCGGUAUACGAAAUUCCUACAGAAAACGAACAGAGCAUGCAAAACAGUGCUUAUACGUUGCAGCGCCUAUUCUACCAACUACAGACCGUGGACCAGGCUGUUGGCACGAACGAGCUGACCAAGUCUUUUGGCUGGGAAACACGCCACAUUUUUGAGCAGCAAGACGUGCAAGAGCUGUCGCGCAAGCUGAUGGAACGCAUGGAAGAAAAGAUGAAGGGCACAAAGGCCGAGAAUGUCCUGCCGGAAAUGUUCUGUGGCAAGGUCAAGACCUACAUUUCUUGCAUAAAUGUAGACUACGAAUCGAGUCGUAUCGAGGAUUUCUGGGACAUUCAGCUCAAUGUCAGCGGAAACAGGACCCUCCAGGACUCGUUUAAGGACUACAUCCAGGUCGAGAAGCUCGAGGGCGAGAAUCAGUACUUUGCUGGCGAUGACUACAAGCUCCAGGACGCCAACAAGGGUGUGAUCUUCACCAGCUUCCCAGACGUUCUGCACCUACAACUGAAGCGUUUUGAAUACGACAUCCAGCGCGAUAUGAUGAUGAAGAUCAACGAUCGGUACGAGUUUCCGGAAGUCUUCGACGCUGCUCCAUAUCUCAGCACGGAUGCCGACAAAUCAGAGCCUUGGACGUACCAACUUCAUGGCGUCUUGGUGCACAGCGGUGACCUGAACGCCGGUCACUACUACGCCUUCUUGAAGCCGGAGAAAAAAGGCUGGUUCUACAAGUACGACGACGAUAAAGUGACCAAGGCGACAAUGCGCGAAGUGUUGGAAGAAAACUACGGCGGAGAAUAUCACACAGCCAAUGGAAACCCGCGUGCACCUACCCAAAAGAAAGCUCCUAUCAUACGCCAGAACAGCGCUUACAUGCUUGUAUAUAUACGCCAAACCAAGGUGGAAAAAAUCCUCUGCCCCGUCACGGACGAUGACGCUCCUCUGCAUCUGCAGCAAAGAUUCAAGGAAGAAAUCGAGCUGAAAGAAGCGCGCCGGCGCGAACAAAACGAAGCGCAUCUGUUCAUGCUCGUCAAGGCCAUCACGAACGAUACUUUCGGCGAGUACAGCGGCACAGACAUGUGCGCCUUUGACUCCGAUCGCGAAUUGGAUCCAUCAGCUCCGUACACGUUCCGUCUCCAGCGUUCCAUGACCAUGAAGGAUUUCAUUGAGCACGCGGCACAAGAAAUGGGCAAGGAUCCAAAAUUGCUGCGUCCAUGGUUGAUGGUGAAUCGACAAAACAGGACAAUCCGUCCUGAUCAGCCCAUCAUGGACUUGACACCUACUAUCGAAGAUGUCUUCAGCAAAUCUACCGCAGCCCGAGACAGCUGCCUCCGUCUAUGGGUCGAGGAGGCCGAAUCAGUCGAUGACAAUGGCGAACCUAUUUGGCAAUCUUACGCAAGCCCAGCGAAUGCGGUUCAAGUGAAGAAUGACACUAUUUUACUACUCCUUAAGUACUUCGACGUGGAGGGCCAGAGACUCCGAGGCAUGGGUCAUGUGUAUAUUGGCAAAGACAAGAGAGUGGAGGAGCUUGUUCCCUUGAUCCAGAAGAAGAUGGGCUGGGAAGGCAAUGAUGAUCAGAAGCUCCUUCUAUGGGAGGAGAUCAAACCCACGAUGAUCGAGCCGCUGAAACCUAAAGGAACCCUCAAAAGUGCCGAACUACAAGACGGCGAUGUCAUCUGUUUCCAGGAAGCACAUGAAGCAAACGCGACUUCGGAAGCGACAGCAGACAAGACAAUGCAGGACCCGAUCAGCAAACCUGACCGUUUCAACGAUGCAAGGGAAUACUAUGACUUCUUGGAGCACAAGCGCGUAGUUAAGUUCCUCGCGCACCCCUCCAGAUUUGAAGGAGAGCCAUUUGCGCCCUUUGAUCUAGUCCUGAACUCCAAGCUGAACUACGACGCACUUGCUGAGCGUGUUGGAUCUCAUCUGGGGGUGCCGCCGACACAUAUUCGUUUCUGGACCGUCAAUGCAUCGACAAACAAUCCCAAGGCCCCCGUCAGGCGAGGCACCAACCCCAGCCUCCGUCAAAUUCUGAAUCCGGGAGGCACAAACACGUACAGUCAAAGCCAGAGAAGUGACGCCUUCUAUCUCGAGGUCCUUGACAUGAGCCUGGAUGAGUUCGACACGAAGAAGAGCGUCAAAUUGACCUGGCUGAGUGAAGGCAUCACAAAAGAGGAACCACUCGACCUCUUGGUGCCGAAAGCUGGGACAUUGUCUGACGUAGUCGAAGCGCUCAUCAAGAAAAUGCAGAUUCCUGACGAAACUGAGGGCGGUCGAAUCAGAAUCUACGAAACAAACUCGAACAGGGUUUACAGGGAACCAGCGCGAGAUCACGCGGUCCUGAACCUCAGCGAUUACACACAAAUCUAUGCUGAGCGAGUGCCCCCUGAAGAGGUAGAUGCAGAUGAGGGCAACUUCAUCCAAGUCUUUCAUUUCCAAAACGAAGUCAAUCGCUCGCACGGUGUUCCCUUCAAGUUCCUCAUGGUCGAGGGCGAGAAAUUCGCGGACACCAAGAAGCGCCUGGAGAAACGGACGGGCUUCAAGGGCAAAAGCUUUGAGAAGAUCAAGUUUGCAUUGGUGAGGAGAGCUAACUACUCGAAACCCCAAUACCUCGAGGAUGACGAUGAACUGUGGAGCGUUGCCACCACGGAAGACGAUUACCUUGGUUUGGAUCACGUAGACCGAUCGAGGUCUGUUAGAAAUGGAGGUGGCGAUCUAUUCCUUCGAUAA